AUGGCAUCAUCCAAAUCUUUAAAAUUCCAUGCUGGGAAAAUCCAAUAUGAUGAAGAAACCAAUCGUUGCACACCAUUGCAACAUAAAGGAGUUAUAUCAAUAAAACCAAGUGCUGAAGAACCAGAUUUCUUAGACUUUACUUGGACUCCUAAACAAGAUCAAACUCAAGCAACUACUGGAACUAUAGAAAGAGAUGAAUUUUUGUUAAUACCUGGGGAUGUAACUGUUAAACAUAUCAAAUCUUGUAAUACUGGACGUGUAUUUGCCUUGACAUUUUUGAGUUCUGGAGCUAAAUAUUUAUAUUGGUUACAAGAUGUUGGAGAUAUAGAUAAUUUGGAUAAAUUGACUGAAAAGGACCAAAAGAUAAUUCAAGAUAUCAAUGAAUUGAUAAGCAUUAAUGAAGAAGAAGAGGAAGAAGAAAUUGAACAAGAAGUGGUUAAAAAGGAGGAAGAACCAGUUAAAGUGUAA